AGUCAGCUGAUGUCACCACAACCAGGAACUAGCGUUCAACAGACACACCGAGAAACAUCCCAGUCCUUGUUGCCUUUGUUUUAUUGAAGAAUAAAUAGGCUUCGACCUGAAGAAGUAUGUUCGGCGGCGACGACGAAGACAGAGAUUUCUUGUCUCCAUCGGGAGGGGCUAAGUUGGCAUCUCUGUUUGGACUAGACCAGCAGUCCAAUCAGGGGAAUGAGUCAUUUCAGUAUACAGCUCCCAAACAGCCUAGAAAGAGCUCCAACACAGCACCAGCCUCACAGAAACUACCCCCUCCUCCAUCCAGAGCUCCAGCAGUGUUAUUGGCCACAGCAGUCCAAGCCUUCAGAUAUAUUAAUGGACAGUAUGUGAAGCAGGGGAAGCUGGGAGCAGCCGCACUGGGGAACCACACAACUAAAGAGUACAAGCUACUACUGUACUUGAGCCAACAGAAACAAGUGGCCACUGCCAAGAUUCAUCCAGGCUUUGUUCUCACAGUACAACCAAACUAUUACUGCACUUUUUAUGAUGACCAGAGGCAGAACUGGUCCCUGAUGUUCGAAUCAGAGAAAGCUUCAUUGGACUUCUGCAAAGAGGUGUGUUUGGCAAAAGUGAACAGUGCAGCGUGUUUAGAUUCUGUGGUGGUUCAGGAUCUGAGUCCUGGAGAAGGCCAGGGGGUGGAGCAUGGAGACUCUCUGGAGGUGGUGUACACAGGCUGGCUCCUGCAGAACCAUACCUUCGGACUGAUGUUUGACACCAACCAGAACAAAGACAAGUUGCUGCGACUGAAAAUUGGAGCUGGAAAAGUGAUCAAGGGUUGGGAGGAAGGGAUGCUGGGCAUGAAGAAGGCAGGCCACCGUCUCAUUGUCAUCCCCCCACACUUAGCUUAUGGAUCUAAAGGAGUCCCUAACCGUAUCCCGCCUGAUAGCACUCUUAUUUUUGAAGCAGAACUUCGGCGGGUGAAGUUUUCCAAGGACAGUGGUUCUGACCGGGCCAGUCUCAGCUCUGCUGCUCCCUCUCCUGCUCCGUCCCCAGCCCCCAGUGUGGAGAACCUGACCCCAGAACCUGCAGUACAGACUACUGCACAAGGUCAAGGCAGAGCGGGGGAGCCUCCACUCCGUGCAAAGUCAAACUCUCUUAGUGAACAGCUGGCAAAUCCAGAUGCCACUAAAGCCAAGCUGAUUUCUCGCAUGGCAAAGAUGGGACAGCCCAUGUUGCCCUUUCUGACGGGAGUGAGCAGCCAGCCUGAAUCCAGUGACUCUGAGCUCGAGGACACCACUGGUAGCAGAGUGAAGGAUCAGCCUGUUGCAUCAUCUCCAGUGCAGAUCUCCACUGCUCCUCCUGCUGCACCACAGGUACAUCCUCAUUCUCACACUGCGCCACCUUCUACCUUACUUCCUGUCAUGACCACUGUGGCUGCACUGCCUGGGUUGUCGGGAAACUGUCAUGCUUUUCAGCCCUACUCCUACACACAGACCUCUGUGGCUCCAUCUCAGCUGCAGCCUGUUGGCCAGGUCUUCCCUGCUCAAACUGUCCCAUACAUGGGCUCCAGUGAUGUGAAUUCCUUCUUAAUGACGGAAGCACGACAGCACAAUACAGAAAUCCGGUUAGCUGUCGGUAAAGUAACAGAUAAAGUGGAUCAACUGGCCUCAAAGAUAGAUGAUCUUCAAAGACAGGGAAGUCUUUCCGUGGGUGUGUCUAACAUGUCGAUGGAAACCACUAUGAUCAUGCACAGCAUCCAAAGAAUCAUGCAGGAAAAUGAAUGUUUAAAAAAGGAAAUCUUUGAGAAAAGCUCUCGCAUUGAGGAGCAAAACCGCAAGAUUGGGGAUCUUAUAAACCAGAACCAGAGAUAUGUGGAGCAGAGUAACCUGCUGCAGGAGCAGAGGAAUGACUCCUUAAAGUCCACCAGUGAACACAACCAGGCCAGAUUACUGCAGGCUGAACAGGACAAGCCUGCUCUGUCUCAGGACCUGGGCUCUGGCCAGGUUCGUCUGACAGAGGAUCUGGCUUCGUCCACAGCACGACUGUCUCAGCUGCAGUUAGAAGCAACAUCUCACCAACAGAAGGCUAUGGAGCUGCAGAGUAAAUUGAGUUCAGUGCUGCUGGACAAUGAGAACCAUUGUCAAUGCAUCACAUCCUUGGAAACACAGCUGGAAGAGCUGAAGGAGACGGCAGAGAGGGCUCAGGCUCAGUACCGCUCUGAGAAGCAGAGACGCAAAGAGAUGGAGCUGAGGGUCAACGGUCUGGAUGAAGAGCUGCAGGACCUGAAGACUGAUAAAGAAGCUCUAGAACGAACACUUUUGGAAAGGAAGAAAAAGUGGCAGGUUGAGCGCCAGCAUCGAGACGAAGAGGUGGAGGAGCUUCGCAGGAGCAACCAGCAGGAGCUGAACAGCCUGCGAUCUCAACUCCGCAAGGCCAGGGCCAGCACUGACCAAGCUACAUCUGAACAGUUGUCUCAGCUGCAGGCCGAGCUUGAGGAGGACUGGAAGAGGAAGUGUGAGCAGAUGUUGAUGACCUCCAAAGAGCAGCACAGGAGAGAUUUGUCUGAGCUCACAGAGCAGAGAGACGCUUUGCAGGACAAGCUGAGCCAUCUCCAGGAAAAGUUUACUCUUCUGAAGCAGUCGAGAGAAUCGGAGGAGCAAAGUUUGUCACAGCAGCGUGAGCAGAUGGAAGAACUGCAGGCACUUCAGGAAAAAUACACAGCACUGGAGAAACAAGGAGUAACGACAAGAGAGAAGCUUGAAAGAAAAGUGACUGAGCUGGAGAAGAAACUGACAGAGCAGGAGGGGUCAGGAGACACUGCAGCAGAGGUGAAACGCGUCAUGAAUGGAGUGUUUCAUUCGCUGCGUGGGGAGUUUGACCUCAGUGAGUCUUACUCUGGCCAGGCUGUUCUGGCAGUGAUUGUCACCACCAUUAAAAAUGUCACUCUGGAGCUGCUCAGUGGCACAAGGGCGUCUUCGUCCCGGCCUAAGAGGGAAGAGGAGGAGGAAGAAAGUGACAAUGUGACACACACAGAGGAGCAACCUGAUGAAAAUGUACAUGUUAAUGGAGAGGGACGAGUCAGAGAGGAAGGCAAAGAGGAGGAGGGAGAGCAUGUGGCCGAGAUGGAUUCUCAUCACAACACUGAGACCCAGACGAAUCAGAAAGUAUCACAGGAAAAGGAGGAAGAGAUAAUAACUGAGUUAAAAGAUGAAGAGAUAGUAACUGAGUCAAAAGAUGAAGAGACAGUAACUGAGUCAAAAGAUGAAGAGACAGUAACUGAGUCAAAAGAUGAAGCGAAAGUAACUGAGUCAAAAGAUGAAGAGACAGUAACUGAGUCAAAAGAUGAAGAGAUAGUAACUGAGUCAAAAGAUGAAGAGACAGCUGGUGAGAGCGAAACACAAAGCCAGAUCAGGGUGUUACUAUCCACUGAUCUCCACCCAGCUUCCUCGAGUGAGCUUCAGACACAGCAGGACACAGCAGCAGCAGCAGAAUCUGACAGACAGCAGGAGCAGGAAAAGUGUUCCAAGACAACGUCCAGAGACGCUGAUCCAGAGUCUGCACAUCCACAACAGAGUUUACCUCCUGAGGAUGGACAAGACACCGCUGCAGUGAGCAACGAGGUGGACGACAAGAGCAUGGCACAUGAAGAAAAGAUGGAUGAUGCCUCUCAGAAUAUUUUUGGACCUCCGUCCAACCCACCUCCACCACCUGAUCCACUGCAGAACAGCUCACACUUGCCUGGGGGGAUUAGCGAGGAAAAUGGCACUGAGCCAUUUUUCCAGAUCACUACUCCCGUCAAAUGUCCCACAGCAGCCAGCGAGGAUGAGGAGGAGGAGCUGAGUUUGAAGGGCUGCCCCCCUCCUGCCCCUUUGUUUGGUGAUGAUGAGGAUGACGAUGAUCUGGACUGGCUAAACUGAGAUGGAACCAGAAUAAUAUAAAUCUGAUCUUGAUGAUCAUUUUUGGAGAUUUUUGGACAGUGUUGCAUCUGUAACACCUGCUGCCACUGCGGCGUGGAGGAAAGAAACCAGUAUGAGGCCCUGGUUUACUCUGAAAUAACAAGCUUUUCAUCCAUAGAGAUAAAACAAACACUUUUCAUUGAUGAUGCAGUUUAACACAACAUUUUACACAACACUGGAUCAGAUUCAUGAGUUGGAACAGCAGUGAUUUCAGAACCAUGAGUUUUAAUCGUUUAUUUGCUAGGGUAGAACUUUUACACAUUAUUUGUUAGCCUGAAAUUGCUUCCGGAAAAUAAAUAGCAUUUAUCUUUUCUC